AUGUUUGCCGAGCAAAAUGAUGAAACCACUACAACAGAGUUGUUAAGUACUGGGAAUGCAGCUUACCCAACAGAAUACUAUGAUUACAACUUCAGUGAAGGUUAUGUUUAUCUCUGUGACAAUGAGGAUUUCAUCCAAUUUGGUGCAAAGUUUGUACCCUUUUUCUACUACCUGGUUUUUCUGCUGAGCCUGCUUGGGAAUGGACCGGUCUUGUACAUCAUUUUUAAAUUUGAAAAACUGACAACUGUAACCAACAUAUUUAUUCUCAACCUGGUCCUCUCUGAUUUGGUGUUUGCAUCCUGCCUUCCAUUCUGGGCCUCUUACCACUCUUCGGAGUGGAUCUUUGGAAGUACAAUGUGUAAACUUAUGAGCAGUAUAUACUUUAUUGGUUUCUAUAGUUCCAUCAUGUUCCUGACACUGAUGACUUUUGACAGGUACCUAGCUGUGGUUCAUGCUGUAAUUGCUGCUAAGAGAAGGAGGAUUGUGUACGCGUUUAUUUCAAGUGCUGUGGUUUGGGGCAUAAGUUUUGGAGCGACCAUAAAAGAGUUUGUUCUCUAUGACAUUAGAGAAGAUAGUCAGAGGGGUACUGUAUGCGAAGAAACUGGAUAUCCUGCAGACUUAAUGGAGAAAUUUAAGCUGGUGGGCUAUUUUCAACAAAUUGUGCUGUUCUUCCUACUUCCUCUCAUUGUUGUUUUGUAUUGUUACACCAGAAUAGUCAUCACACUAAUUAAAACCAAAAUGAAAGAAAAGUGCAGGGCAGUAAAACUCAUAUUCCUCAUUGUAGUGGCAUUCUUCCUGUGUUGGACACCGUAUAAUGUUGUGAUAUUUUUAAAGGCGCUACAAAUAUUGAAAAGCUCUACAUCGGUUAAUUGCAGCAAUGAUCUUGACCUUGACUAUGCAUUGUAUGUUACUCGUAAUAUAGCGUACUUGUACUUCUGCAUAAAUCCAGUAUUUUACACAUUUGUUGGUAAAAAGUUCCAGGGCCAUGCUACCAAACUGUUUACAAAAUGGACUAGUUUCAGGGAUCAGUCUCAAAGCAGUCACAGUGGUAGGACUACUGAUCAGAGAAGCCCUCAAACUAUUUAUGAAUAAAUGCCAAUCUGAGGUAUUCAGUUGGAUACUGCAUAGUUUGUUCUGCCUUUAAGUGAUGAGUAAAAAAAACAUCCAUCAUAUUUCAUAAUAAUAUUGUUUAGACAUU